ACACCGCGGAACCUCCUAGAUCCAAGCUCUCGCCGGCCACGCCCCCCAGCCCCUUUGGGGCUGGUGCGCGGCGGAGGGGUGGAGCCUUCCUUGUGACCUUUCACCCCAGCAUGGCAGCGCCCGUGGGACCGGUGAAGUUCUGGCGACCCGGUACAGAGGGGCCAGGUGUCAGCAUCUCUGAAGAGAGACAAAGUCUAGCUGAAAACUCGGCAACAACUGUUGUUUACAACCCUUAUGCUGCCCUUUCUAUAGAGCAGCAGAGGCAGAAGCUGCCAGUGUUCAAGCUGAGGAAUCACAUAUUAUACUUGAUAGAAAACUAUCAGACAGUAGUAAUUGUUGGAGAAACAGGAUGUGGGAAAAGCACACAGAUUCCACAAUACCUGGCGGAAGCUGGCUGGACGGCCGAAGGAAGAAUGGUGGGAGUCACCCAGCCCCGGAGAGUGGCUGCUGUUACAGUUGCAGGGAGAGUGGCUGAGGAAAGGGGUGCAGUGCUGGGCCAUGAGGUGGGCUACUGCAUCCGCUUUGAUGACUGCACCAACCCGCUGGCCACGAGAAUUAAGUUUCUGACCGAUGGAAUGCUGGUCAGGGAAAUGAUGGUUGAUCCAUUAUUAACAAAAUACAGUGCCAUCAUGCUGGAUGAAGCCCACGAGAGGACCUUGUACACCGACAUUGCCAUUGGUCUGCUGAAAAAGAUUCAGAAGAAGCGAGGGGACCUUCGGCUGAUUGUGGCUUCAGCCACUUUGGAUGCAGAGAAAUUUAGGGAUUUCUUUAAUCACAACGACACCAGUGACCCAACCAGGGAUACGUGCGUGAUCCUUACUGUGGAAGGGCGGACAUUUCCAGUGGACAUCUUCUAUCUACAGAGUCCUGUUCCAGAUUACAUCAAAUCAACCGUAGAAACUGUGAUGAAAAUUCACCAGACUGAGGGAGAUGGAGACAUAUUAGCAUUUCUCACUGGUCAGGAAGAGGUGGAAACUGUCGUGUCAAUGCUGAUCGAGCAGGCUCGAGCGCUGGGUCAGACUGGGAUGAAGAGACACCUCCGGAUUCUUCCCAUGUAUGCAGGACUGCCCUCCUUUGAGCAAAUGAAAGUGUUUGAAAGGGUGUCACGCAGUGUCAGAAAGGUGAUCGUGGCCACCAAUGUAGCAGAAACCUCCAUCACAAUCAGCGGGAUCGUGUAUGUGAUUGACUGUGGCUUCGUGAAGCUCCGGGCCUACAACCCCAGGACAGCUAUCGAGUGCUUGGUGGUGGUUCCAGUGUCCCAGGCAUCAGCCAACCAGCGAGCAGGACGUGGUGGCCGCAGCCGCUCAGGGAAAUGUUACCGCCUUUAUACAGAGGAAGCCUUUGACCAGCUGCCUCAGUCCACUGUCCCUGAGAUGCAGCGGAGCAACCUGGCCCCCGUCAUCCUGCAGCUGAAGGCGCUGGGGAUCGACAACGUCCUCAGGUUUCACUUCAUGUCGCCACCUCCAGCGCAGUCGAUGGUUCAAGCACUGGAGUUACUCUAUGCUCUGGGAGGUCUGGACAAAGACUGUCGCCUAACUGAACCGCUUGGCAUGAGAAUAGCAGAGUUUCCUUUGAAUCCCAUGUUUGCAAAAAUGCUGCUUGAAUCAGGGAAUUUUGGCUGUUCUCAGGAAAUUCUGAGCAUUGCCGCCAUGAUGCAGAUCCAGAAUGUCUUUGUGGUCCCCUCAAACCAGAAGUCUCAGGCUAUUCGAGUGCACCGAAAAUUUGCUGUGGAGGAGGGUGACCAUCUUACCAUGCUCAAUGUAUAUGAAGCAUUUAUCAAACACAACAAGAACUCCCAGUGGUGUCAGGAACAUUUCCUGAAUUACAAGGGCCUCGUCAGAGCUGCGACAGUGAGGGAGCAGUUGAAAAAGCUUCUCGUCAAGUUUCAGGUGCCCAAGAAAUCUAGUGAAGGUGAUCCAGAUCCAGUUCUGAGGUGCAUCGUUUCCGGAUUCUUUGCAAAUGCUGCGAGGUUUCAUUCUACUGGAGCUUAUAGGACCAUCCGUGAUGAUCAUGAAUUGCACAUCCACCCAGCAUCGGUCCUCUAUGCAGAGAAGCCGCCCCGCUGGGUUAUCUACAAUGAAGUUAUCCAAACCUCCAAGUAUUACAUGAGAGAUGUGACCGCCAUUGAGUCUGCUUGGCUGUUGGAGCUGGCUCCACACUUUUAUCAACAAGGAACGGUGUCUAGUAGCCCUGCUCCCAAGACAUGGACUUUUGAUGUCUCAACUGGAUGCCUAGGAUGUUCAGUGAGGCCUUUGCACUCUGGCUGCUCGGAACUCCAGUGUCUCCAGCACUGUGCAGACCUCCAGAAUCUCCUCCAUACCAGCAUCUGUCCCUAAAAGCCAAGAGGGCCAAGGUCCAGGACCAGUGAGCAGAGCUGGCGGCUGCUGCAGGGGCUGCUCGGUGUCCCCUCCUCCACGCUGUCACCCCCAGCCCAGGGUGGACAAGCUGGUGUCGGCUCCUGUGGACCCUUCAGCGGCUCUGCAGUGGGCUGCAGCCCGUACACAGCCCCCUCCCGCCCGCUCCCCUCAGCAUCUGCAUUCCUUACUGGGAUCCGGAGGAGUCUGUGCCUGGGUGGGAGUCCUGCUGCGCAGAAGUUGGAAAGCCCGUGCUCUUGGCUCACCCAGCACCCUCCCUGGCCCAGGGUGCCCCUGUCACCAGGCAUGAACUCCAGCCCAGCUUCAUGGAGAGUAGGGAGGAAGGUGGGCUGCUGCACGCUGAAGCACCACGUGGGGUGGGCAGGGCUUUGUUGGGCUGGCCUUGCUCUCCCUGCUGGGACCCCUCCUCUAUUGACCAGUGAGGUCCUUGGCCAAGUGUGGACGUGGCGCGUAUCUAUGAUGAGACCCUGGAAAUGCGGCGGAUUUCUGCCAGUAACCCAGGGGCAUGUUUGGCGGGCACAGGGGCUCCCACGCCAAGUAGCUUCUGUUUCCCUCUGCCCAUGUUCCUGUUUGUCUGCAGCCGGGAGAUUUGCUAGGACUGGCAGUCAACAGAGAGGACCCCUGUGCACAGGGCUCCUUGUCUUCACAAGCGGCUUAGCUUCCCCUCCACACACGGUACCAUGUCCCGAUGCCACUAGUGAAAGCUCAUCAGCUCGAAACCCAUCCCAGAUCCUCAGUAGCGGAAAUUCACAACCGUGUAGAGGCUCCAAGCUUCUGUAGCUCAGGAACAGAACUUGUCCGUUUGUCUUCUGUGUGUUUGCUUGGGUUCUUGUGAGAAGGCGGGGGCCCUUCCAGCAGGCACUGGUGUCAUCGCCCCGGGGCUGCUUGGCUGUGAUGAUGUCUGCAAACACAUAGCUUGAAAGUUUAUUUUUGUACUGAUCCUAGUUUGGAUGUGCCACUUUUGGCACCAAACGUGUAUGUCAUUUUUAUUUCUGUUUUAUAAACAUGUAAAUAAUAGUGGUCACUUGUUAAUAAUAGUAAACCUUUAUACGUAAAGUAAAUGUAGUCCCUCCCA